AUGCGUAUGCAACACUAUGCUAUUUUUCUACAAGGAUAUAAUUACGAAAUUGAGUACCGAAAAUCUGAGAGGCAUGCGAAUGCGGAUUGCUUAUCCAGACUUCCCGUGGACGCGCCACAAACGGUAGCGGAUACGGUAGAUGCGUAUCAAUUGGAAGUAAUCAAAACCUUACCUGUAACGGCGAGUAGAAUAGAGAUAGAAACACGAAAGGAUAAAACAAUAAGAGAAUUACUAGAAGCAUUACAGACCGGGAAAGUAAUACACAAAUCAAAGCGUUUUAAUAUCGAGCAAAACGAGUUUAGUUUACAAAACAAUGUAAUUAUGCGUAGAUCGCGUGUCUACAUUCCAAAAACGUUACAAGCUGAAGUAUUAAAAGAAUUGCAUUUAGGACACUUUGGAGUAGUAAAAAUGAAAGGGUUGGCUCGUAGCCAUUGUUGGUGGCCAGCCAUUGAUAAAGACAUAGAAAAUUUGGUUCGAAAUUGUGCAAACUGUAAUAGUCAUAAGAACAAUCCUCCAAAGGUGGAAGUACAUUUAUGGGAAGCGCCAUCAGCGCCAAUGCAACGCGUACAUGUUGAUUUUGCGGGGCCAUUUUUAGGAAAAAUGUUCUUGCUCAUGGUCGACGCUUUUUCAAAAUGGCCCGAGGUACAUAUAGUCCAAGACAUUACUGCAAAAACGACAAUUGCAAAGUGUCGAGGAAUGUUUGCAGCAUACGGAUUACCAAAAGUAAUAGUAACCGAUAACGAAAACGACCACUAUUAUUGGGAUUCUGAACAGUCUCGGGAACCGGUACGCUCGAACAGUCCUGUAACGCUAGACACGGAGAAUCCUCCGGAGGUGCUAGAUAAUGUUGCGCCAGUUUCCUCACAGACCAACCAAGAUGUUAAUAGGGAAACUAUAUUAGAAACUCAGCGUCGCUCUGCUAGAACUAAGAGACGCCCAGACUUCUUUUCCGAGCGUACAGAGAAGUAG